CAAAACCCUCAGUGGCGAUGGCAAAUCUUUUGUUGAACCCGCCGAUGAUGAUUGCGCAUACACUAAAAGCUCCCAUGCCGAUGGCAAACCUUUUAUUGAACGCUGCGCAGACACCAAAAGCCUCCAUGGCGACGACGGGAAACCUUUGGAUGACCACUCCACUUUUGUUGAUCCCUCCGGUGAUGAUGAUUGCCCUAAAAUCCACUCAACAACCUCCUCCUCGAUUUAAAAGUAGUUUCUCGAGUACUUCUCGCUUGAAAAAGAGUUUCUCAUAUACUCCACCAACAUCCUCCCCCACGCAUCCUCUGUCUCUUCGUCGUUCUUCGAACCAUGUUGCAGUGCCUAUCUCUCCAGUCCUUAAAAGGGCAACUGGAAUACUAUUUAUUUUUCUUUUUCAUAUGCAUGCUGCAUCUCCUAAUCUUAUGCGGUCAUAUACACCAUGUUCUUACUCUUAGAUUCCGUUUUUUUUUCACGAUUUUCCUCAGGAACACAAGGAUUUCGGUGGCAACAUGAACUGCGCGGAUUUUUGGGGCCUUUUGUCGGGUUGGGAUGAUGUGGUGCAAACGGAUAAAAAGUUCGUGUGUCAAUGGGCGGCCAAAGACGACUCUACUACUGUUGUUGCAGAGACCGAAGAUGACACACAAGACGUGGAAAGAAAAACUCCUAAAACAACAAGGAUGUUUGAUGGCAAAUUGAGUCGAAAGAUAUUCAUGGUUGUAGUCGGAGCUUCUUUUUGUGUAUUUGUAGCAUUUGUCCUACCAAAACUACACGCAUCGCCUUUGGUAGUUGAGCCUGAGCAUUUAUCCAGAAUAAUGAAGGAUAUCUAUUUUCGUGUCAUCUUCUCCUGUCCAUUGACACAACAGCUUUAAUACGAAUCAAUGAAAGAGUUUUUGGGUGAAAUGUUUAAUUUUGCCCCUAACUUGCUCAAUAUCUGGUAUCAUUGGUAUCACAUAUACAGUUGGCAAAAUAUUGGAAAAAUUAAAAAUAAAAAACCGAGUGCGAAACAAUUCAUAACUUUCGCUGAUGUGGAAGGAGUUGAUGCUGCAAAAGCUGAACUUCUCGAGGUA